CUCACCAGAAAGCCCCCAGCGACGGCAUCGUGAUUGUUCGGCGCUGCCAAUUAUCUUCUCCCACACCAUGUUCUUUGCCAGGCGAUCGGUAGCUUCGGCGCGGCUACUGCUGCGGAACCAGCAGCCCCAUCGAUUUGGCUCUCAUGCAGCUCACCACGCUGCCCCUGUGAACGAGAGCUUCGGCCGGAGUUUCUACGUCACCGUCGGCACCUUCGCUUCCUGCUACGUUAUCUACCGCAUCCACAAGGCCACCGAGGAGUCGGGCUCCCAGUCUUGGAUCUCCAACCUCAUCCAGAAGUGGACUCCCUCGGAGCAGGUCUUUGAGCAGAGGAACGCCAUCCGGACGGCGGUGAUGGAGAAGGCCGCUCGCGACCGUCACUUGUUCGCCAGUCAGGGCCCGAGCGAAACAUACGGAUUGAUGCAACCCGAGGUCAGCUUCCACGCCGUCCAGCCUAUUAACCUUGUCGCCGGCUACGAUGCGGACAUUAGCAGGGUUGUCGCACACUACGAGCGCAAGAACCAGGCCAUUGAGGAGGACCGCGUUGCCCGGAUGAAGGACGGCAAGGUCGUUUCUCUCUAUGAAUAGUUAAGCUGAAUUGAUUUGAAUUGUUUGGUCACAAAACUCUGUCGGUAGAUCUGGGAAGCACGACGCGUUGUACAUGUACAUAUAACAAGACCGGUAAAUGGUCUCAAUGUUUCUUUUUUCUUUUCUACUCCACCGAAUUCUUGGCCUUUCACCCUUGGGGCUGUCCUAUAGUGCCAUAGAGUGAGUCUUGAACUGCGCAGACACCGUGUGACAGCUACGUAACCGAUCACAUUCGCUUCCGCGCCCGAGCCAAUAAG